AUGUUCCGUUUCGACGUUUCGACCUUCUUCACACAUAUCGCCCUACGUGUUUUUUCACGACACAGAGAGCACGCCCCACACGCCCACACGCCACUCUCCCCCCCUUCGUUUGGAAGACCGCUAUACUUCCUACUUUCCGACGACCGACAGGGUGAAGGGUUGAGGAAUGGUCAGCAGGGCGCCCGAAACCCCGAGAGAAUGAAGAAGGAGAAGAAGGUGGAAGCCAAGGCAUCCACCGAUCACGAGUACCUCGGCUGCUACCGCUACAACAAGGACAUUAGUAGCCUCCUGAAGAACGGGAAAUCGUUCUACGACAAGACGGAUCAGGCCCUGUGCCGCGCCCACUGCGAAGAGUACGAUACAGCCUUCUAUGCCAUGGAGCACGGGGAUAUCUGCUGGUGCCCUACUUCUCCCGACAUCAACGACUACAUCAUAGACGAUGUUGGUAACUGCGACAAGCCCUGCACUGGAGACCCGAGCAUUUUUUGCGGCGGGGUCUUCUCUAUUAGCAUGUUCGAGUACCAGGAUGUCGGCAGCUCCACCGGCACGGGCGAGUACGAGGAAUACGAGAGCUCCAGCGGUACUGUCCAGGAAGACGAUGACGACGGUUUCAGCAGCUCCACUGAAUCGGUUUGCACCAACGGCGUCUCCGGCAUCGAGUCCGACGGUGUUUGCUGCGAGAUCAGGAUGAAGGUGCUUUGGACCCUCCUUCUCGGCGCGGCUCCCGUCGCAUUUGCGGAAGAUUCGACGGCGGCUGUAUGGCUGGGCGACCACUCAAUUCAGGGCGAGGGGUUGGUCGCUGAGACAGGAAGCUCUCUCCAACGGAAAGUCUCCAAGAAAAAUGAAGGCCCUUCACAUCACGGCGCUCGCUCCAGCCGCAAAUCUCGCCCAUGCCGCAAGCGCAACAACGACGGGGUCAAGGCGGAAUUCUCCCUCGAGUACGAGCACAUCGGAUGCUUUGCUGACAACAAAACCGACCGGGUGCUCGGACACCUGAUGAAGUCACCUCUUAUGACGAGCGCUAUGUGCGCCGAGCACUGCUUCGGAAGACGCGCCACCUACAUGGCCCUUCAGUACGGGUAUGAAUGCUGGUGCAGCCGGUACACGGAGCUUGACUAUUCUCGCCACUCUGGGACGGACAAGGGCGACGCGGACCUAUGCGAUCUUAGCUGCUACGGAUGUGACGCUGAGACUUGCGGAGGAUUAUAUGCCUUCGACCUGUACAAACUCGACGGCCCAAUGCCGUCCGACAGUCGCGAGUAUGUAGGCUGCUUCGCAGAUGACCAGGAGGACAGGGCACUGGCAAACAAGAUAAAGUUCCAGGACAACAUGACCCAGGACGUCUGCCGCGUCUACUGUGAAAGGUUCGGCUCGAGCUUCUACGCCACUCAGUACGGAGAUGAGUGCUGGUGUGGUGCGACCGACGACGUCGAGGAGUACAAACGGCACGGGGACGGCGAGUGCAUCGCCGGCUGUUUCGGGGACCCGGCGAUAGCUUGUGGCGGAUACUAUGCCUUUAGUCUGUUCGAGUACUUGGACGACGACGACGACGAGACCGCCACCGAGUGCGCCGACGAGGGUAGCGACGACGACGACCACGGCGAAGACGCUUGGUAUACCCCGUCUCCGUCGACCGCCCGCACGGACAGCCCAGAAUCUCCGACAACCUCGGAGAUGCCCGGGUUCAUGCCUAUCGAUGGUGAUUUGCCGCUGUGUCAGAAUUCUGCAACCUUGGCUUGA